UCUACGUUCAGGGGUAUUUCUCAUGUGCCACGCUGAAUCAAUGUUUAAAAGUCCAUGAAAGGAAAUGUAAUAUAUCUACCGCGUAACAGACCUAUAGGCAAGCUGCAUGUGUACAUGCAUGGUAUUCCUUUUUCAUUUUAUUUGCAUUUUGCAGGGUGAGAGAGAAAGUGCAGUGGCCAGCGAAAUGGCAGCCACGAAUAUGCAAAUUGGCUAGCAAACAGUUGGAAACCCAGUGGAGAGGGUUCCGACCACCAAUUCUAAUGUGUUGGACAAUGGCUUUGUUUCUUAUGUGAAACAGUCAAGUUGGGGUUCCAUGCUGGGGAAAAAACAGUUUAAAGUGGAGGGAGAAGUUGAUGUAUACAAAUUGUCGGAGAGGAGGAUGAAGUUUGUUUAAGAGGAGGACAAAAACACUAUUGAAUUCAGUGUAGGAAAACAUAAUUCAAGGCAAAGGGGAAAGCUGAUGUACGCAAGUUGUGUAAAAGGAGGAUGAAGUCACUAUUGAUUUCAGCGGAGCCCACAUAGCCAUCAUCAUGCCUUCACGACGACCGGAGCGUCCCACGAGGAUUGAGAUCAUGCGACAGGCCGUGAUCGACGACGAGCCACUUGAUGAGGUGAGUUGACUGAGCUUUGACUUUGACUUUCUGCAUUUUCGUUGACUCUGAUAUUCUGUGAUCGAAUGCGGGCCCUGGAAUGUGACCCUGGGCCCCACCAAGGGCGCCAUGGUCCCCUCAGGGCGCCAUGGUCCCAAUCAGGACAUGGCGGGGGUCAACUUUCGAUGCUCGUCAGUUUGUGUAUUUGGCAUGGAUGAUUUUGAUAAUUGAUUACUGAUUAAACUGAUGUAUUUGUAAUGCAGGGUCUCCCAUACAUGAGAGAGCACACGACGGGGCAGAUUCUUCGCAGUUUGCGAGAUCAGAUUCCCCGACUGACUCAGGCAGAGAGGGAGACAUUGUCUAUAGUAGGUUUGUGGUCUAUGAUUCUUAUGCCGGCCAUUCGAUUCCACCUUGCGAUGCUGAUGGCACUCAUGGAGCGAUGGGAUCCUGACACAUGCACAUUCCAGCUUCCAGUAGGGGAGAUGACAGUGACACUUGAGGAUGUGUACCGCAUGCUUCGCCUACAGAUCAGAGGAGCUACCGUGACAUAUGCGACUGAUCGGUUAGCAGAGGAUCAUUAGAGGGAGCAGGUGUACUGCAUCGGGAGAGUCAUGCCGAGCGAGACGAGAGGCCGCAUCAUGGUCAGCUGGCUCUUACAUCCUACAGGAGAGGUGCCCCUCAUGAGACGUCUUAUGAUUGCCAUCAUUGCACUAGCUGUCUGCCCUAACGGGCGAGGUACGCACAUGCAUGGGGGUCUCACAUGGUGCAUCAGAGCUAUGGAGAGACAUAGGAGAGUAUAUGCCUGGGGUCGGAGUAUGCUUGCACAUCUCUAUCACGACCUCAAGGAGUAUGUUUUUGGACAGGGUUGCAGCUUGAUGACAUGCACACUUUUGCAGGUGUGGAUAUUUGAGCACUUUACAUGCACCAAGCCUAUCGGCUAUCCGAUGAGUGCGGCUAGCGAGCGACCUAGGGUAUUUGCUUAUCCACUUACCAGCGAGUGGAGAUUUGGGGAUUUAUUGUAUUGGAGAGUGAUGGUUGAUAGGUUGACAGCUGAGGUGACUGUAUGGAGACCAUAUCUGCGGAUGCACAGAUGGGAUGGGAUGGAGAGACAGCUAGCAUGCUUACAGAGGAACCGCCUACUGAGAGGACGAUAUCCACAUAUCAUAGUCCCAUUCUACUUUGACCGAGUACGGAGGCAGUUUGGGCUAGAGCAGUGUGUUCCAGCCGAUGUACCCAUCUACACAACACUCACGAGUCCUUCCUAGACCCAGAGCAGUAGUGAGACCGACGAUAGACGAUAUCGAGAUCACAGAUAUAGAGGGGUCCGACCAGGAUAUGGUCACUGAUUAUGCCGCAUAUCCCGGGGCACAGCGCAGGUAUCUUUCCUGGUUUGUGAGGACAUACCCGGGGCCUAUCUUUCCACCAGAUCACCCGACAGGCCAUCCAGGUCCAUGGAGGCAUGGAGACCGAGAUGAGGAUCAGGGAUCCAGAUCGGAGGAGCCAGAGGAGGGAGAGGGUCAUGAGGAGGCAGGAGGUCCUGAUCCACCUAUAGGAGAUCAGCCUAGUGCUGAGGAGGAGGAGGAAGUAGAGGAGGAUGACACAGAUAGAGAUGAUGACGAGGAGGACGAGGGUGACGAGGAGGAGGAGGAGUCAGAUGCAGCACCUCACCAUUCGGGAGAUGAUACCAUAGUCUUAGAUCCUCCCGUUAUUCCCCAAAAGGGGGAACACGAGGCGAUACGGAGACCUGUACCUAUCGCGCACAGAUCGUUCGAGCGUGGGGAGCCUAGUAGUUCCCAGUCACAGAUGCUACCAUAUCACGAUCCCUACUGGCGUGAGGGAGAUCCAGCUAAUGUGCAGGAGUGGCGUUCCUUGAUCCAGCAAGCAGUGACAGAUAUCUCCACAACGGCGCAGAUCCCUAGUUCCUCCUAGGUUGCUUAUAGACCUCAAGGGAAUGCGGGUCGACAUGAUGAUUUGUUUUCCCCAUUUCGAGUAUAGGUAGAAAUAUGGAGGGAGAGAGAGCGAGCACUAUCAGAGGACCUUCAGCGGGCACAGCGUGAUCUAGCAGCAGCUCAGGCCGAGGCUACCUCGUAUCGCACGAUCCUUAUGGAUAGGGAUCGUAGGAGUUCCUCUCGGAGUCACUCAUGAUCUAUAUCACGCUAUACACCUAUGGGUCCACCUGCACGGCCGGAUCAGGAGGGAGCAUCUAGUCGUCACUCUCCAGCCACCAGCCCCAGGGAUAGGAGAUGAUCUUAUGAUGUAGGGUAGGUCACAUUUUGGAUGUAUAGUGACCUACCUUUGUAUAUUGAUCCACACACACACACACACACACACACACACACACACACACACACACACA